UUUUCUUAAAGCGACUGUAGACCUAUCGAGACUGUGCUUACACGUAGAGAGAGAGUGAGAGAGAGAAGAGUGAAGAGAACGGGGAAAGGGAGGAGCGAGAGAGACGAGCAAUGGAGUGCUUCACUGCUGAACGUUUGUUCUUCAAGGAAUGAUAGAUUGUUGUUCUCAGAUCACAUACUCUUCAGAUAUAGGGCUUGGUUGAAGUGUUUCUGCAUAACAAACUAAACAAUGGGGAAAUCUCCUGGAAAAUGGAUCAAGAGUGUUCUUUUUGGAAAGAAGUCAGCCAAAUCCAGUUAUCCUAAGAAUGCUGCAAGUGAAAAAAGGACAUCUUUUGUAUCAAAUGCUGCAACGGUAGAAUCAACCUUGGAAUAUCCUGGGAUCUCAGAUGCAACACAUGAGGCCAGGAACCAAAAAAAUGGAAGUACAGAGUUGGAAAAUGGUUCUAGUACCAAUUUAGCUCGCGAUGCAGUUGAUAUAUUGCCUGGAGACCAAGGAACAAUUAUUGAAGCAGUAGGAGUUCUUAGUCCUUCUGAACAAACUGACAUUGUGAAGCUAGAGCAAGCUGCCACGAGGGCCCAGGCAGUUUUUCGUGGCUACUUGGCACGUAGAGCAUUUCGGGCUCUUAAGGGAAUCAUAAGGCUUCAAGCACUUAUAAGGGGACACCUGGUCAGGAGGCAGGCAGUUGCCACUUUACGUUGUAUCCAAGCUAUUGUGAAGUUUCAGGUCCUUAUCCGCGAUCAUCAAGUCGAAAUUUUGGAUACAUUGCCUGAGGAACCUAAAGGCUUGGACUUAUCUGGAAUAGAUUCAAUUUACAUCUCGGAGAAGUUCUCAAGGAAUGGUUAUUUUAUCAAGCUUAUUCAAUCUGGUCCCAUUAUGCCCCUGGUCCUUCAGUACGAAGAGGCAGAACCAAAUUCAGUUUGGAGUUGGUUGCAGCGCUGGUCAGUGUGCCGCUUCUGGGAACCACCAAAAGGAUUAAAGAAGGGUGUUGAAUUAAAGCAUCAAAAGAAGCAACGCAGCACACCGACUAUCGAAAGAGAAUCUUGGAGAUCAAAAAGAACAAACAAAGCAUCUUUAUCAAACGGUGACAGCACCAUAUCGCAAUCCUCAACCGACCAUGAGAAGUCUAAGCGCCACCAGAAGAAAACUUUGGUGGUCAGUCAAUCGGAAUCCACUCAAGAACACCCUCAAAGUGAACUGGAGAGGGUCAAGCGUAAUCUUAGAAAGGUUUCCCUGUCAGCUGAAGAAGCUCUUGAAAAGUCAGAAUCUGCAAACGAGAAGCCACAACGUAGGAAAAUGUCAAGCUCUCCUGCACCACUCGAUGCUUCUCAGAACGGAACUGAAAAUACCCCCGCCGCUGAGAAGAAGAAUGAGAUAACUUCACCGGCGCCUGAACAAACUCCGGUUGAACCAGCACCUCCUACAUUGGAGCCACUGGAAGAUGUUGAAUCCCAAUUGGAAGGUGUGGAAUCAUUGGAGAAGCAGCAAAUAGAUGGAGGAGAAGUGGUUCCUUCAAAGUCACUAGACGUGGUAGAACUGCCAACAGAGCCACUGACCCAAGAACCAGAUGAGUUGAUUGACGACGAGCCUACAAUGGAACAACCUCUUUCGGAAACUGAUAACAAUGUGGCCGACGGUAGUCCGAUCCCGAACGAAGAGCUACCGUUAAAAGAAGAUCAGAACAAGGAGAAUCAGAAAACAAGGAGAAGGAGAUCUCUGCCAGGGAAACAAGAACCAUCUCCGACGUCUCUUGAGAAUGUGUCGCAGAACAUCCCCACUACCUUGCCAAGCUACAUGGCAGCAACUGAAUCCGCAAAAGCAAAGCUCAGAGCUCAAGGAUUGGCUAAGGCGGCUGCUGCAGCCAACCAACAAGAUGCGGCUGUUGCGGCGGUUGAGAAUAACGGUUUUGUCAGGCGACAUUCUCUUCCAUCAUCUUCCACAAAUGGGAAAAUAAGUUCAUUGUCACCUCGGGUUCAGAGGCCAACAACCUUAUCUAAUGGAAAAGCAAGCACUCGAACUGACAGAUCCCUCAUGUCCUCCCGAGAUGAUAAGCAAGUCCAGCAGCCUGGGUGGAGGAGGUGAUUUUGAGGAAGAAGAAGAAGAGUUAUAAUAGAGAAGAGUAUCUGAAUGAAUGCCUAAUUGAGGUGUAAUACAUAAAAAAUGAGACUUUGAGGGGAAUCAUGAAAUAGCAGUCAGUUGUUGUUAUUGUUUGUUGUUGUUGUCGUCGUCUUUUGAUCGACGGGGAUAUAUUUGGUUAUUAUGUUUCAUUUGCAUGCUAGGAGGAGGGUUGUGUUUGUUGUCUGUUUCUUUGUUUCCUUACAGUGGGGAAUGUAUAGUCGAACUUAUACUUCUUGUGUGUGGUCUGGUUUGCCUUUGAAACCUCUCAUUCAUGCAUAUGCAUGUGUGCUUUGAUUGCUUUGUUUCUUCUUCUUCUUAUGAUUAUGAUUAUUAUUGUCUAA